UAGAUCUAGACCCUAGUGGUUACUUCUACAAACAUCUUCAGAUGCUCAACUUGCUUCGCUCCGAACUAAACUUGAAGACGGUCGAUAAAAAAAAACACGGAACUGACUGUAAAAUUGGCGUGAGAAAAACCUGGCAACAUCGCUCUUUGUCUCGCAGACGGCAGUACAAACGAGUUCACCAUGGAGGCAAACGGCAAACCUUGGAUCUACAACGUACCUACUCCAGCUUGGUUUCACAGCUGGGGCCUGGACUAUGAGGGCAACCUACGACGUGGCGACGAACUAACCACCCGGAAACAUGUAACUCUACUCGAACGUUUACCGGAGUCACGCCCCCUCUGGGAAGUCCGCAAUGAAAUGCAGAAGGGCGACCCACCCGCCCCUGAGGCUCGUAUAGUACUGGACGUGGAGGACCCCACAUUUCACGGGGGUUGUUGGCAGACCCAGAAAGAAAGCCAGAACAUUGGGCUGUUUGCUGACCCCCUCAGACAUCCCACCUGCAAGCUGCGCUCCUGGCCUAAAAACUACAGCUUUGUCUGAGGGAACAUCUACAGCUUUGUCUGAGGGAACAUCUACAGCUUUGUCUGGGGGAACAUCUACAGCUUUGUCUGAGGGAACAUCUACAGCUUUGUCUGGGGGAACAUCUACAGCUUUGUCUGAGGGAACAUCUACAGCUUUGUCUGAGGGAACAUCUAAAACUAUGGCUUUUUCUGAAGGAACAUCUGAAGCUUUAGCUUAGCCUUGGGGAACAUCUAAAUCCUCUUAUAAGGGAACAUCUAAAACUAUAGCUUAGCCUGAAGGAACAUCGGAAGCCAAGGGAACAUCUAAAACUAUAGCUUAGCCUGAACGAAUGUGAUUGUUCCUAGCAAUUGAAGGCGUGCUUGUGUGUCAUC